CUUUCAUCAGAUUCAGGAUGAGGUCUCAAGCUACAGUUUGUGGCCAGCUAUUGCGACAAAUAGAUUUGAAGAACCAUCUAUUUGGUCAAGGUCUUAUUAGUACGAGAACAAUAUCAGGAAGCCUGUCAGGCUCAAAAGGACAAAAGAAGCAGAAUGCUCGUCUGGAGGCACUGCGGGCGCAGGAAGUGGCCCCUCUUAGCGACUUCCUCACAGAUAGUUUCGGCCGAUUUCACGACUACCUACGAAUCUCUCUGACGGAGCGCUGCAACCUGAGAUGCACCUACUGUAUGCCGGAGGACGGCGUGCCUCUGACGGAGCGCUCGCACCUGCUGACCACGGACGAGGUGAUCCGACUGGCCGGUCUGUUUUCGGCCGCCGGUGUCACCAAGGUGCGGCUGACCGGUGGUGAGCCGCUGGUGCGCGCCGACCUCGCAGACAUCAUCGCGGGCCUGAAGACGGUGGCCGGUAUCCGGUCGGUGGCCAUCACCACCAACGGCGUGGUGCUGGCGCGCCGGCUGGCCGCCCUGCAGGCCGCCGGCCUGGAUGCGCUUAACAUCAGCCUGGACACCCUGGUGCCGGCCAAGUUUGAGCUCAUCAGCCGCCGGCGCGGGUUCCACCGCGUCUGGCAGGGCAUUCAGACGGCCCUGGCCGCCGGCUAUGACCCGGUCAAGCUCAACUGCGUCGUGAUGCGCGGUGUCAACGACGAAGAGCUGGAGGAUUUCGCGACCCUGGCCGAGACGUACCGACUGGACGUGCGCUUCAUCGAGUACAUGCCGUUCGACGGCAACCGCUGGAACGACCGCAAGAUGGUGCCAUAUGGGGAGAUGGUGGAGCGGCUGCGGCGGCGCUGGCCGGACCUGGAGCGGAUCGCCGACCGGCCCAACGACACUUCCAAGGCGUACCGCGCGCCCGGCUGGGUGGGCCAGGUGGGGUUCAUCACCUCCAUGUCGGAGCACUUCUGCGGCACCUGUAACCGACUGAGACUCACGGCCGACGGAAACCUGAAGGUGUGCCUGUUCGGCAACUCGGAGGUGUCGCUCAGGGACGCGCUGCGCCAGGGCAGCUCGGACGAGGAGCUGAUGACAAUCGUCGGCGCCGCCGUCGGACGGAAAAAGAAACAGCACGCAGGGAUGCUGGACUUGGCGGCCAUGAAGAACCGGCCGAUGAUCCUCAUUGGCGCGGGCCGCCGGGGCCGGCCGCUGCUCCGCCCGCCCGCCGCCGCCGCCCGCCGCGCCGUCGCCGUCCGACAGUACAGCGAUGACGCCUCGGACCGGCCGGCGGGAACGGCAGCCGGGGAGCAGCGGCGCCGCUCGGGAGAGACGCUGCACAGUGACUACUGGGACCAGUACCGCGCAUACUACGGGGGUAGGGGCGGCGGCCCGCCCGAGCCCGCCGCCCCCGCCCCCGCCCGACCGGCGGAGCAGCCCGAGCCCACCACUGACCGCCCGACUUCGCCCGCCACCGCCCCCGCUCCCGCUCCGUCCGCCGGCCGGCUGACCCACACCGACUCGGCCGGCCGCGCCACCAUGGUUGACGUCUCGGAGAAGCCUGUGAGCCGGCGUCGCGCCGCUGCCUCCGGCGUCGUUCUGCUCGGCCCCGAGGCGUUCGCCCUGGUAGAAGCCAACGCGAUGGCCAAGGGCGACGUGUUGUCCGUGGCGCAGCUGGCGGGUGUGAUGGCCGCUAAGCGGACCGCUGAGCUGGUGCCGCUGUGCCACCCGCUGCCGCUGGGUGCCGUCCACGUUCGACUCGCGCUGUGCCCCGAGCGGCACGCCGUCGAGGUACGCGCGGAGGUCAUCUGCACGGGCCAGACGGGCGCAGAGAUGGAAGCGCUGACGGCCGUCGCCGGCGCCGCGCUCACCGUCUACGACAUGUGCAAGGCCGUCAGCAAGGCUAUCCAGAUCACGGACGUGCGGCUGGAGCACAAGUCGGGUGGCAAGAGCGGUGAGUAUCGGCGCGACGACGCGUGAGCGGUCCGCUCGGGCGGACUGCGGAGAGGCGGAGGGGUGGGAGCGGGAGGGAGAGGGUGGGUUGUGUGGCUGGUCUGGGGUGGGGUUUGUGUGGUUUGUAGACUGUCUGAUCACGUCAGUUCGAUGCAUCGAUAUUUUGAUAAGUUGAGAUUGUGUGAUCCAUUGACGGUGACCUGUCGAGUGAGUAGUCUGAGGUACACGGGCGUUCCUCUCCAGCGGGUACUUGUGCCACGGUAGUGUUGGUUGGGACCAGGACGUAGUUCGCUAGUCGGAAUUAGUCCAAGUCGUAAGGUGAAGGUGAUUAGAUUGGGGGACGACCUAGCCGUCAAUUAGAACAUGGUGCUUUGUUCUAAGCAGCUUGAUAGAAAAGUAUUCAUAAGCGAAGAAUCCUUACAUUGUCUAGUCUAGUCUAUUAGACCACAAAAGUAUUACUGUUAAGUAUUAAAACAGUAGCUCUAAAACAUAUGUGUAUUGUCAUAAUUGCAGUUGUGCAAUCUGCGCAUAAAUCUAUGUUCGUCCAGCGGAGAACGUAGGUAUAGUACAUUUUUGUCCAUUAGAAGUAUGACUAUUUUUAGGUGGGGGCAUACUGAUGCCUCUGUAUACCUGGCGUGCUGAGGAAUCAGGUAUAUGUAUAUGGUGGAGGUUAGCAGCAGUGAUUCAUUUUUGUCCUUGCUGACUUCUGUCACGAUACACGUCAGGGUCAAUCACUUUCGACGGCGAAUUUUGACGUCGGGUUUUAUUGGCCAGUGCUGUUCUUGCGACGUUUUGAAUGAGCGUCGUUCCGGCCUUUGGAUGCAUAUUAUGCAUGUAAACGAUGAUAUUUUCUUACGAUUACAUAUCGAGCAUCCUACAGCAAUCGAUUUUUUUCCAGCGGGGAUGAAAUGUAUGUUUGAUGUAAGGUUUUUGUCCCGUCUAUUUGUGCGGGUUAUCCUGUGAUGAGCAAUAAUUGUGAUGGAUGAAGUUAUCCAUUGUUUAUAGCAUUGCUGAUAAUUGUGAUGAAGAAGGGCGCAGUUUGAGGUACUAAUACACGGUAAACAAUGGGCA